GAUGUAAGAUUAGGCAGUUCAACCUCCAGAAUAAGGUGCAGAAGGGGAAUAAAAGUCAAAGAAAUAAUUACAAAGAGAAAAAAAGGAAGCAGAAAAGGCUUAAAAAAAAUAAGAGCACUAAAAAGGUAUUUAUUGUUAAAUCUAAACAUAGCUUAAAAUGCAUAAGAAUAAUAACAAUAAUAAUAGUAAGUUUAAGAGGAAGAUAAUUGUGUUGGAAGGUAUGGAGAUUUGAAUUUGAUUUAAUCUCAAGAGAGAACAAAUCGAAAAUGGAUUAAAGUUGGUGAUGUUGACUAAACUUUAGUGAAUUAAGUAAUUUUGGUAAGGGCUAGAAUACAUAAUUCAAGAGUAAAGGGAAAGUUGGCCUUCUUGGUUUUAAGAGAGAAUUAUAAUACAAUUUAAGUAGUGGCUGAAAAGGGUGAGUUUGCAAGUGCUAAAAUGCUUAAAUUUAUAUCAGGCAUUCCCCUUGAAUCUGUUGUUGAUAUUGAAGCACUUGUUAAAUAACCAAAUAAAGAGAUAUUAUCUUGUACAUAAAAAGUGGAAUUGGAAGUGAGAUCAAUUAAAGUAGUAAGUAGAUCUUUACCUAUGUUACCAUUUUAAAUUGAAGAUGCUUCAAGAAGAAUUACAGACUUUGAAGAUGGAGUUUAAGAAAUGAAAUAAGAAGAACCUUAAAUAAAAUAAGAUAAAUAAGAGAAAUAAGAUAAAAAUGAAAAAUAAUAAAUAUAAGUCAUGUUAAAAACAAGAUUAGAUAAUAGAGUUAUAGACCUUAGAACUCCAGCUAAAUAAGCAAUUUUCAGAGUUUAAUCAGGUAUUGGAUUAUUGUUCAGAGAAUUUUUGGUAGAAAAUGGAUUUAUUGAAAUUCAUACACCAAAAUUGAUAGGAGGUACUUCUGAAGGUGGUACUAAUGUAUUUAAAUUGAAAUAUUUCAAUUAAGAUGCUUGUUUAGCAUAAUCUCCAUAAUUAUAUAAAUAGAUGUGUUUGAUGGCUGAUUAUGAUAGAGUUUUUGAAGUUGCUCCUGUUUUUAGAGCUGAAAACUCUAAUACACAUAGACAUCAAUGUGAAUUCAUUAGUAUGGAUAUUGAAAUGGUUAUUAAGGAACAUUUUACAGAAUUAUUAGAUUUAAUGGGAGAUUUAUGUAUAUAUAUGUUUAAGGGAAUUGAAAAGAGAUAUUAAAAGGAAAUAGAAAUAAUUUCUUAAUAAUUCCCAUUUGAACCAUUUAAAAUACCAGAACCAGUACUUAAAUUAACUUUUGAAGAAGGUGUUAAGAUGUUACAUGAAGCAGGUGUUAAUCAAGAUCCUAAUGAUGAUUUAGAUACUACUAAUGAAAAGACUCUUGGAAAAUUAGUCAGAGAAAAAUAUGGAACUGAUUUUUACAUUCUCCACAGAUAUCCAAAGAAAGCAAGACCAUUUUAUACUAUGCCUUGUCAUGAUGAUCCUAAUUAUACUUUAUCCUAUGACUUUUUCAUGAGAGGAGAGGAAAUUGUUUCAGGAGCAUAAAGAGUGCAUGAUCCAGAACUCUUAAUUAAACAAAUUAAAGAGAAAGGUAUUGCUGUUGAACCAUUGAAAGAUUAUAUUGAUUCUUUCAGGUAUAUAUGAUUAAAUAAUAAUUUUAGAUAUGGUGCUUUUCCACAUGGAGGAUGUGCAUUUGGAUUAGAAAGAGUGGCAUUUUUAUAUUUCAAUCUUAAGAAUAUCAGAAAUGCAUGUAUGUUUCCAAGAGAUCCUGUUAGAUUGUUCCCUUGAU